AUGAGCUGGUCCGGAGGAGACUGGUUGUGCGGCGCUUGCCAGCACCAGAACUUCAAGAAGCGGGAGGCAUGCCAACGAUGUGGUUACCCCAAGUUUGGAGGUCCUGACGUCUCAACAGACCUCAUGUACAACCGAACAGAAGUCUUGGCUGGAGAUUGGUAUUGCAAUUCAAUGAACUGUGGAGCUCACAACUACACAAGCCGAUCGAAUUGUUACAGGUGCGGUGCACUCAAGGAUGAUUAUGUCGGCAGUUGUAGUGGAGGAUACGGACCAGAGACAGGCGUUCCUCCAGGGUGGAAAGCCGGCGACUGGAUUUGCAAUAGAUAUGGAUAUGGAGUGCACAACUAUGCCAGCAGGACAGAAUGCUACAAAUGCAAGACACCAAGGGAAUAUGGUAAGCAUAAUGAAUCUAUCAUCUUAUGUUCCACUAGUUUUGUUGCUAUCAGGAGCUAUAGAUUAUAA